CAGCAGCGUCCGUUCCAGUGUGACAGUGUAUUUCUGUGCGGCGAACAGAUCCACAGACUGACAGAUGCAGCAAACCGACGACAUGGAGGUACCUUUACUUAAUGAUUCUAACAGUAACAGACAGAAGUCUCUGGCUCAAGAGAGAGAUGGGUUCAGCCAUCAGCAGAAGGAUUCGGAGGGGUCCAUGGAGUCCCCCAACCUGGAGUUUGAAUAUGGGGACACAGACGGCUUCACUGCUGAGCUCUCAGAGCUGUACAGCUAUACAGAGGAACCAGAGUUCAGUCUAAACAGGGAUUACUUUGAGGAAGACUUCAAGAAUCAUGUGAAGGGUCGGAGGUGGAUGGAGUUGAGUUUGGAGGAGCAGAGGGCAUAUGUCAUGAGACUGCUGGAUGCUCUGGAGGUCACCGAUCGGGACAAGAGGCUCAAAGUGGCCCGGGCCAUCCUCUAUUUGGCCCAAGGUGUGUUUGACGAGUGUGACACAGAGACAGACGUCCUCUACUGGUCUCGACACAAUGUCUUCCUUCUCUAUGACAUGGGCAUCUUCACGGCUCUGCUGGAGCUCCUCAGCAUGGAGAUAGAUAAUAACCAGGCGUGCAGCACCGCGGUAAGGAAACCAGCCAUUUCGCUGGCAGACAGCACUGAACUCAGGGUUCUUCUGAGCAUCAUGUAUCUGAUGGUUGAGACCAUUCGUGUGGAAAUGGAUGGUGACAGUCCUGAGAGGAAGACAGCCAGACAGGCCUUCAAAACAGAGUUGGGUUCACCCCUUUAUAACGGAGAGCCCUUUGCCCUCCUCCUCUUCACCAUGGUAACCAAGUUCUGCAGCAUGAAUGCACCCCAUUUCCCCAUGAAGAAAGUGCUGCUCUUACUCUGGAAGACCAUACUGUUCACACUGGGAGGUUUCGAGGAGCUGCAGGAGAUGAAGGUGAGAAUGAGAGAGCAGUUGAAGCUGCCGCCGCUCCCCGAGGACAGCAUUAAGGUGGUGCGAAACAUGCGGGCCGCUUCCCCUCCAGCCUCAGCCAUGGAGCUCAUCGAGCAACAGCAGCAGCAGAAGAGAGGACGCAGGAGCCGCAGGAGUGCCUUUGUUGAUAGCUUGGAAGGAGACAGUCCAUAUGCCAAGAAACAGCCCCUGGUCAAGCAGGACAGCCUAGACACGUACAACGAACGGGACCCUUUCAAGAAUGAUGAUGCCCGGGAUGAGGAAGAUGACCCAGAGGAUGUGGACAGUGGCAUCGAGGGAGAGGUCGACCCUCUCGACAGAGACGUCAUCAUCCAACCGCCGCCACCACCACCACCGCUGCGGCCCCCGACUGAGAGGGUGUCCUUCCCCAAGGGCCUGCCCUGGGCCCCCAAAGUCAGAGAGAAAGACAUUGAGCACUUUCUAGAGACCAGCAGAAAUAAAUUUAUCGGCUUCACCUUGGGAAGUGACAUUGACACUCUGGUUGGGUUACCCCGGCCCAUACAUGAGAGUGUAAAGACUCUGAAACAGCACAAGUAUGUCUCCAUAGCGGAGGUCCAGAUCAAGAGAGAGGAGGAGCUGCAGCAGUGCCCCAUGACUUUGGGGGAGGAGGAGGUGGAAGAAACGCCUGCAGAGAUUCUAUAUUUGGGAAUGUUGCCCAGCCUCUCACAGUAUGUUAUUGCUCUUUUGAAGCUGCUACUGGCUGCAGCUCCAACCUCCAAAGCAAAGACCGAUUCUAUCAACAUCCUAGCCGACGUUCUGCCGGAGGAGAUGCCAAUCACCGUCCUCCAGAGCAUGAAGCUGGGCAUUGAUGUGAACAGACACAAGGAGAUUAUCGUCAAAGCGAUUUCAGCUCUCCUGCUACUGCUGCUCAAACACUUCAAACUCAACCACAUAUACCAGUUUGAAUAUGUGGCUCAGCAUCUGGUGUUUGCCAACUGCAUCCCCCUCAUCCUCAAAUUCUUCAACCAGAACAUUAUGUCUUACAUCAGUGCCAAAAACAGCAUUUGUGCCCUGGAUUUCCCACAUUGUGUGGUUCAUGAAAUGCCUGAACUCACAGCUGAAAGCCUGGAAGCUGGUGACAGUAAUCAGUUUUGCUGGCGUAAUCUCUUCUCCUGCAUCAACCUACUGAGGAUCCUAAACAAAAUCACCAAGUGGAAACACUCGAGAACUAUGAUGCUCGUGGUGUUCAAAUCUGCUCCCAUCCUGAAGAGGGCGCUCAAGGUCAAACAGGCCAUGAUGCAGCUCUAUGUUCUCAAACUCCUCAAGAUCCAGACCAAGUAUCUGGGGCGACAGUGGAGAAAGAGUAACAUGAAAACCAUGUCCGCCAUCUACCAGAAAGUCAGACAUCGGCUCAAUGACGACUGGGCGUAUGGGAACGAUAUCGACGCUCGGCCGUGGGACUUCCAGGCGGAGGAGUGUGCACUGCGUGAGAGCAUCGAGAAAUUCAACACGCGACGUUACGAUAAGAGUCAGAACAGCGAGUUUACACCAGUGGACAAUUGCCUCCAAAGUGUUUUAGGUCAGCGUGUCGACCUGCCCGAAGACUUCCAUUACAGCUACGAGAUGUGGCUUGAAAGAGAGGUGUUCUCCCAACCUAUUCAGUGGGAGGGUCUGCUACAGGCCCAGUGAUCCUACUUUAAUGAUUAUAGGACUUUUGUUUCCUAUUAAACCGACACAAUUACUGUGGACUCAUGAUCGACAUAUAAAUACUCAAAGCUCUGAGGGUCAGCUGUUCUUGUUCUAUAUAUAUAAUAUAUACAGUGGGUACGGAAAGUAUUCAGACCC